AUGAUCCCAGUCUUGGUCGAGUCCUUCGACCCACUCCCCCGGCACCUUUGCCUAUCACUCCCCUCCUCCACCACCGCCGGCGACAUUCUCUCGGGCUUCACUUCCGCUUUCUCCCGCACCACCUCCAACACCUUCUCAAUCACACACCACGGCCGCCGUCUCUCACCUUCCUCCCACAUCUCCACCCUACACUCCCACAAUGACGACUCACACCCCGUUGUGCUCCAAAUCCGAGUGCUCCUCCCAGGGGGCAAAGGAGGUUUCGGAUCCAUGCUCCGUUCUCAAGGAGGCAAAAUGUCCUCUGGCUCACGCAACACCAACAACGACUCCUGUCGCGACCUCAACGGUCGUCGUCUUGGAAUAAUCAAAGAAGCCAAAAAGCUCGCGGAAUACCUCCAAGGUGAAUCUGAACGCAAACGACAAAUGGAUGAAGCUCAGAAGAAGAAGUAUGCAAAGCUGGAGAAGAUGCUGGGAAGGGCACCGAAGAGUGAGAAGGAUUUGGCGGAGGCUGCGGAGAGGAUGGCGGAUGCUGGGGAGGUGUUUGGGAGUGAGGAUGGGAGUAGGAGUCCGGAAUUGCAGACUGGGUCGAGUAAGAGGGCGGUGUAUGGAGGAAGCGGAGGUAGUGGAGUGGCGGGGGUGAAGAGGAAGGAGAUCAUUGAAGAUUUACAGUAUGUUGAACAGAGUAGGGAGAUCGUUGAGAAUGUAAGAUCAGCAGUGGCCAGUGCGAUGAUGAAGAAAAAGAAGCCGAACAAGGGUAAGGCUAAGGCGGCGACGGCUUCGUCUUCGAACACAAGCAGCAACGCUUGUGCUUCUGUGUCUGCUUCUACAUGA